AAAAAAAUAAAAAAAAAAUAUGAAACGAUCAGAACGAGGACUCGAUUCCUUCGUUUCUUUCAGUAUGGUGUCUGAGGCUAUAUGAUUAGAUAAGACCUCGGUUCAUAGUGCGAUCAAGAUGCAGAACGCAUAAGAGACCAAGAGACCGAAAGACCGGCCUCAGUUAAAGCUGUGUGUGCAUAUCGGCAAAUUCGUUAGCAAAUAAGAAAGUUUUUGAGUUAAAAAAUCAGUGUGCGUCUCAUAAGUAGCGUACACAUGCUUCAUAAAUUUCUCGAUCGGAUUUUGUGUGAAUAGUCACAUUAUUGUUCAUCAAAUCAAAUCCAAUUAUAUUUGUUUCAAUAUUGAUGCUUUUUUGAUUAGAAGUUUAAGUUCAUAUUUUUUUCAAAAAUUAAGCUAUGAUUUUGUUUUCGAAAAAAAAAUCCGUUUAUAAGACGGAGUCGGAUUGAAUGUAAUUUUUUUAUAUCUGAUCAAGAAAAUAAAAGAAAAAAAGAAUUAAGAAUGCCAGCCUGCACCAGCGAAAACGUCUCAAGAAUUUGGUCUUCGAGUCCAUCGAAUUCCAGAAGCAACAGCGUAUCACCUCCUAUUCCUAGUUCACCUCUAUCUACUUCACCACCCUUGAUAUCACCGAUAUUAACUGUGAAACGAUCUAUAUCGAGUAUCUCUAAUUCUUCUUAUAUAUCGAAUACUUCCCACUUAUCAAAUAUUUCUCGAUCAUCAAACAAUUCAAGCACUCCUACUGUGAUAUUUUCAUCGAGACGACAGCAACAACAGCAACAACAGAGAUUACAGUUAAGUUACCAAACUCAAUUGACACAAGGACAAAAUCACAAUCGGAAUAAUUCAUUACUAUUGAAGAUUUUCACUGCAUAUAUAGAUUUUUUACUCAAAACACUUCAAGGCAUCGUUAGCGUAAUAAGUUACGUCAUUUGGGCACCAGCACUUUGGGCAUCUAUUUGGAUUUAUAUGUUAUGGGUAAUUUUUCAAUUUCCCUUAACUAUUUUUAAAUGGUUUUUGACUGUGCUUUAUGUUCCAAUUUCGGAGAGGACUCGCUACAAACGGUGCAUUCUUAUCAGUGGUGGCAGCACAGUGCAGACAGUUCAUUUAGCACGAAAUUUUCAUAAGGCAGGAGCUAAAGUGGUGAUUUGCGAAUUGGAAGGGCUGUUUGGUUUGGCCAAGUUUUCAACUGCGUGUUCCAAAUUCUAUACAAUUCCAAAACCUGGACCUGAAAACGUGAUCGAAUAUAUUAAAGCUUUAAAAAAUAUCGUCCAGAAAGAAAAGAUUAUUUAUUAUAUCCCGGUGAAUGCUACUAAUACGGCUUAUUACGAUGCUUUGGCAAAACCUUAUUUGGAGAUUAUGGGUUGUGAGUGUUUUGUGCCCAGUGUUAGUGAAGUGACAAUCCUCGAAGAUCCUUUAGAACUUUUACAAAGAUGUCAUGCAUUAAAUUUACCAGCACCCAAUUAUAAUGUUUUACGUUCUAUACAAGAUGUAUCAAGAAUGUACGAACAAAAUGCAUUUGCUACCGAAAGAUAUUUGAUGCUGGCCGCGGGUCCGGUUGGAAUGAGAGAUCGAAGUAAAAUAGUACUGCCUCCAACAUUGAGAGAAUUCAGAAAUCAACAGUACGAGAUUAGUAAGAAUAAACCUUGGAUAGUAAUUCAUGAUCCUAGUGGGAAACAUUAUAUCACUUGCACUACUGUGAAAGAAUCGAAGAUAGUGGCUAAUGUAACCUGCUUGGUAGAUGAGGGACGAGGUUUCGUACCUGAAGAAAGACCUGAAAUAGUAAAAUGGCUCGACAAGUUUUUUGUUCGUGCGUUUAGCACUAAAAUCAAUGGACACUUGAGCUUCAGAUUGGCCUUAACAAAGGAAGGAGAAUUAGUGCCUAUCGGAUGUCGUGUAGGCGUUAGCUUGCCUUAUAUCUGUUAUACGGAAAUUCAUCCUCGAUUGGUAUGGAGAUCAUGUAGACAUUUUUCCAGGCAAAAUUCUGGAAUGCUGACUACAUUAGAAAGACAUUUGUCAUCAGAUACAAUGAAUUAUGCAUUGAAACAAUCAACAGGAGAAACAAUCCCUCAUUUAUUGACUAAUGCGCUUGACAAACGAGAAGCACUUUUUGCUUAUUGGGAUCCGUUGCCAUAUUGUGCCUAUUAUCAUCUUCAACUGCCAUUUAGGCGCUUGGCAGGCAUGAUUCGAGCACAGCCAGUACAACAUAAUCCACCAUUAGCAGUAGUACAUUUCAAUAUAAUAAUAUAAUCACAGAUCGAGACCGAAAUUUGUAAAGCUAGGUUAUGAGGAAUUCUUCCAGCUUGAGAUGAAUAGAGAAACAGACUGAAAUAAUAUAAUUUGCAUUUUGAAGAAGUAAUGAGAAUAACAAUGAUCAAUUUGCAAGAUGAAAUUUCGAUCAGAAUGCAAGGUAUUAUUAUAUUAAAUAAUAAUAUGUAAUAAAAUAAUAAUAGAAAAAUAGCAAAAUUACAAAAUUUUAACUCAAUGUUUCUUAAUUUUUUUUUAUUACGUAAUCUAAUAUAAAUUUAUUAUAUGAUUUAAAUAUUUAUACUAUAAAAUUUUUAGAUUAGAUUGUAUAAUAGAAUCAUUAUCAAAUUUUUACGUUAAUCAUUGCAUGAUGAAAUAAGAUUAAAAUUUCGUAUUCCUAGCAACUGUAUAUUCGCAGCCGAUCUCGAGUUAUAAAUGUAAAAUAUUGUCGAACGAAAAAAAAGAAUGUGAUUGAUUAAGAAAUAAAUAUAAAUGACUUCAAACAUUUUUACGAAGACAGCCAGUAUUCGAAAACAUCGAUCGAAUGAACUGAAAUAAAAGAAAAAGAUAAAUCAUAUCAUAUGAAAGAAUAAAUUAAAAAACUUAUAUAAGUAGAUUUCAAAAGCCAAGUUCAUUUUUAUUAAUGAUAAAUACUUAUGAAAUUACAAUUUUAUAUUAAAAAUGAAAAAGAAAACUAAAAAGCAGAAGAAAAUGUAUAUGUUCAAAUCACAUAUUAUUAUCGUUAAUUAUAUAUUUUUGAAUGUUUCAAUUAAAUA